AUGUCCUCUAGAACACAUCAACAUCGACCAAAAUCUUCAGUUAAUGUAAAACAAGCAUUUGAAGAACAUGAAAAUGAAGAUAAAUUAAAUAAUGAAGAAAUAACUGAUGAACAUGGAACAUUAUAUGAUGUUAAUGAUACUGAUUUUGAUCGAUUUUAUGCAAGAGCAUUCUUUACAGUAAAUGAUUCAACUGUUGAAGUUAUUUUGGAUAAUGAUAUAUUAAGUUGGUCAAGAGUAUCUAAUGAAUCAUCUCGAGAAGAAAAUCAUCAACGAAAAACUACAAAUGAAGAUCAUUCAAACUCCAUAAAUAUACAUGAUGUUUAUGCUAUAUUACCUGUAUAUAAUCAAUAUGGUUGGUAUUUAAGUAAUAAUGAAAGACGAACAAGUAUAACUGUAUCAAAUUUACCAUUAUCAUCAAAAUCACAAUUAUGUGGAUUUCAAUUAUAUUCCUAUGAAAGAAUAGAUGAUAAUAUUUUACAAGAAAUUCAAAUUAUUUUUCAAAGUACUAUACCUAAUCAAAUUCAACAAUGGUAUGAAUUACUUUCAAAAAUAAUUUCAGAAUAUAAACCAUCAAAAAAUAUACUUGUUAUUUGUAAUCCAUAUGCCGGAUCAAAAUAUAGUCGACAAGUAUAUAAUACAAAGAUUAAGCCUAUGCUAGACAGAGCACAAUAUAAUAUUAGUUAUACAGAAAUUAAUGAACAAUGUUCUGUUGAUGAUAUAUUGAAUGAUUUGAAAAGUGAUUUGAAUUCAUUAUAUGGUCUGAUUAUUAUUGGUGGUGAUGGUUCAGUUAUUCAAAUUAUUAAUGCAUUACUUCAGUAUUUAGCAAAAGAAAAUCAAGCAAGAUUAGAUAUAGAAAAUGAUUUACCAGUUUUACCAUGUCCGAUAUGUAUUAUUCCAACUGGAACAACAAAUAUUAUAUGCCAUUCAAUUCAUGGUAAUAUAGAUCAUUGUACACCAGUUUUUCAUUUACUUUUUAAUCAACAAAUGAAAAUUGAUAUGUCUGCAGUAUUUGAUGCUAAUUAUAAAUUUGUAACUGCAAAUUUUAGUGCUGGUGGUGGUUAUCCAGCAAAUGCUCUAAAAUAUUUUACACGUUAUUCUUCAUAUAGUCCAAAAAAAAUUCUUCAAAAAUCAUUUUUUAAAGCAGCUUCGAAUAAAAAUCUUAAACCCAUUGAAAUGGAAAUUCGUUAUAUUCCUGCUGAUGAAAAUAGCAUAGAUACUCGUUGUUAUCAAGGUUGUUCUGUUUGUUCCCCGAAUAUUGAAAAAACUGUUGAUCAAGUGAAAAUUUUUGAUAAUUCACAUAUUCAAAAGAUGGAUAAACAAAAUAAAUUUUUUAAAUCAAAAACUAAUGAUAAUAAUCGUUCAUUAUCAUCAUCUCGAAAAAUUUCUGCUCAACAAAAUAAUAAAAAUAAACAAUGGAAAAUUCUUCAUCAUAAUUAUCUACAUGUUGCUAUAUUAACCAAUGCAAAUUUAUGGGUAUUAGCACCACAAGGUCUAUCGAAAUUUGGCCAUUUAGCAGAUGGUUUAUUAGAUCUUAUUUUAAUUGAACAAACAACACGAAAGGAAUUUUUACGUUUUAUUAAACGUAAUGGAAAUUCUAAAAAUCAAUAUGAAUUUUUCUUUACAAAUUUAAUUAAAGUAAAAGAAAUCGAAAUCGAACUUAAAGUUACCAAUAAUAAUUCAAUAUAUAGUAAAAUAUUCAAUACUAAUAAUCAAUUAGAAUCAGAUUCAUCUAAUGAAGAACAUUCUGAUCAUGAAAAUAAAUCAUCGUCUAUACAAAAACAUGACCCACAUCCACCAAAUGUGUCUAUGUCAAAUGAUAAUCGACAUCAUUAUCAUUCGAAUAAACAAACACAAGAAUCAUUUAAUAGUAUGCGUCUAUCAAACAAUUCAAAUCAUCAAGAAAAUGAAGAUGAUAGUUCACAAAUCGAUUCAUCGAAUUCAAAAGUACAACUUCGGCGAAGGAAUAUAUUUCAAUCAUUAAAAUUAAAAAAAGACAAAGUUUCUUUAUCACGUUCAUCAAGUGCGUAUGGUGGUCAAUAUGUUCCUAAAAAAGAAAAUCAACAAUCAUCAGACAAAACACUUCGACCAGCUAAAUCAUUUAUUAAUUUAUUAAUCGGUGGUAAUUCAUCAUCAGAAAAAGAAGGACAAUCAUCAACUAUAAAACAAAAUUGUCCUCCUGCUGUAACAAAUGAAAGACGAUCAUCCGUAAUUAGUCGAUUAUCAUGUGUAGAAUAUGGAAAGAAAUCAACAUCUGUCAAAAAUCAUGGUCAAAAUAAGAAACAAGAAUGUAUGUGGAAUUUAGAUUUUACUCCAUAUAAUUUAUCAUUAAUACGAAUUAAAUGUUUUCAUCGAUUUUUACCAGUUUUUGGUGUUGGUUCUUAUCCUGAUACAGUAUUAAAAGAAAUUAAAUAUUCAUGUUUUUGA